CGGAAGCGGAAGUGGAUCGGUCCGUCGCGGUGCGGAAGUGCCCGGUGGAGGCCGCGGUUUCGAUUCGGUGGGCGGCGGGGGAAGGGGAGCUCCGCCACCGGCAGCCGCGGGCCUGCGCUCUUCUCCUGCCUCCUUCUUCGCCUCUCCGCUAUGGCGGGCGCCACCGGCAACCUGCAGAAAGCAAUAGACCUUGCUAGCAAGGCAGCACAAGAAGAUAAAGCAGGAAACUAUGAGGAAGCCUUCCGCUUGUACCAACACGCUGUGCAGUAUUUUCUCCAUGUUGUUAAAUAUGAAGCACAGGGUGAUAAAGCAAAACAGAGCAUUAGAAUGAAAUGUGCAGAAUACUUGGACAGAGCAGAAAAGCUGAAAGAAUAUCUGAAAAAGAAAGAAAAAUCUGCACCAAAACCAGUUAAAGAGUCUGGUCCUACUGAUGGAAAAGGGAAUGAUAGUGAUGGGGAAGGGGAGUCAGAGGAUCCUGAAAAAAAGAAGCUACAGAAUCAGCUUCAAGGAGCAAUUGUUAUGGAGCGACCAAAUGUCAAAUGGAGUGAUGUUGCUGGCCUUGAAGGUGCCAAAGAAGCACUUAAAGAAGCAGUGAUCUUGCCCAUUAAAUUUCCACACCUGUUUACAGGAAAGAGAACACCUUGGAGAGGGAUUCUCCUGUUUGGACCACCAGGAACAGGAAAGUCUUAUUUAGCAAAAGCUGUGGCAACAGAAGCAAACAACUCUACCUUCUUCUCAGUAUCUUCCUCUGACCUUGUCUCAAAGUGGUUAGGUGAAAGUGAAAAAUUAGUGAAAAACUUGUUCCAGCUUGCCAGAGAAAACAAACCUUCUAUUAUCUUCAUUGAUGAGAUAGAUUCUCUCUGUGGGUCAAGAAGUGAAAAUGAAAGUGAGGCUGCUAGACGGAUAAAAACAGAAUUUCUAGUCCAGAUGCAAGGGGUUGGUGUUGACAAUGAAGGAAUCUUGGUCUUAGGAGCAACAAACAUACCCUGGGUUUUAGAUUCUGCUAUCAGGAGAAGGUUUGAGAAGCGUAUUUAUAUUCCUUUACCUGAAGACCAUGCCAGGGCAGCAAUGUUCAAACUUCACCUUGGGUCAACUCCAAAUCUCCUAACAGAAUCAGAUUAUCGAGAGCUUGGAAAGAGAACUGAUGGCUAUUCUGGUGCAGAUAUAAGCAUCAUUGUACGUGAUGCACUAAUGCAACCUGUUAGAAAAGUGCAAUCAGCUACUCAUUUUAAAAAAGUAAAAGGACCAUCACUGUCUAAUCCAAAUACAAUGGUAGAUUUGUUCACCCCUUGCUCUCCAGGUGAUCCUGAAGCCAUAGAAAUGACAUGGAUGGAGGUUCCAGGUGACAAAUUACUGGAGCCUCAAGUUUCCAUGAUCGAUAUGCUCAGGUCGCUAGCUAGCACAAAACCAACAGUUAAUGAACAGGACCUGGAGAAGUUAAAGAAGUUUACAGAAGACUUUGGUCAGGAAGGCUAAACCAAAGAUAUAUGCGGAGUUUUAGAACUUUUUUGCUUUCUUAAGUAUUCUUGUGUCUUUAUUGAUGGCACUUCAAGUAAAUGCCAAUAAAAUCACUUCUUUCUUAUUUUGCAGAAGAAAUAGAAGAUACCUUUGCAAAGACCCUUAAGCUUUUGUAUUGUAUUGUUUUCCUCAGAUGUCUAUUAAAUGUAUUCUAUUGAAAAUAAUAUGAAAAUACCAUUUUAGGGUGAGACAGCAAAGUGAUGUGGUAAUGUCUAUUAAAUACUAGAAAAUUUUAAAUGAUUAGUUCAAUUUUAGUUAUUAUAUUAGACCUUGGGUACAAGUGAGUUUCAAACUCCCAAUAGGCUCAAAAACCCUUUUUUGAGGGGUAGAAGAGAACAUAUUUGUUGAGUGUUUUCAGUAUCAAUCAGCCUACAUAUUAAUUGCUGUCAUUUAGAAAAAUCAACAAAAUUUGCUAAUCAAGCAUACUACAUGUGUGGGUUUGCUAUUAAAGUAAGAAAGAAAACACUGUGAGGAUAAGACUACAUGGGCCAGUACUUUGUUUAGAUACUGAUGGAAAUGGUAUUUGGCUUUUUCUGCUAUGCUGUAUUAAAAUUUUGCCUUAAACAGCAAGCUUUUGUUUUUAACUCUUUACUAGCUGGUACACACUGUCACUAUGCAAUUUAGCAAAAGUUUGUUAAAUGCAAGUAUCUCAGAAGGUGUUUUGCUGGCUGUUCUUGGUGGUUUUCAUGUUUUGUGGUGUUUUUUUUUUUUAAAUCUGGAUUUACCUUCUGCAGGAGUUUGACUAAAUUUAGAAAAAAAGUGCUAGUAAUGUCCUGUAAGAUUCCACAUGUCAAGGCUGGCAAGGUAUAGGUAGUCUUUGGAGUGUAUGGGAAGUAUUUUGGGGUAUAGCAUACACUCUCCUCACAUGUGAAAGUAACAGAUGUUUUAGCCACAGAGUUUCCAGCUGUAAAUUAACUCAGAACCCUACUGAUAACUAUUGCAUCUGUGUUACAUCAAUUUGGUGACUAAACUUUGAGAGAAGGCUGGCAGUUUAGUACAGAAGUAGCACUUCCAUUGAUCUUUUUCUGAAGAAUUACAAAUUGAGAUGUGCCUGAAUGUAACUUACAACACUACAGUGUCAGCGUUGAGUUUGUGCCUUGUAAGUUUGCACUGGCUGUAGAUACGAAACAUCAUUAGGAUACCUAGAAUACCGUGUUCCAUUAUCAUUGUACAACUCUAUCCUGCUUACACUUCGUUUAAUUUGGAUUAAAAGAAAUUUGCACAUUUUGUGUGUGUAUAUGUACAUACACACAUACGAUCAUCUUUUGAUGGGGUUUGGUUUCCUUUAUGUACAUAUCUUGUGUACUUUUUAAAUCAUAGGACGGGUGAAACUUGCUGUAUGUAAAUGAAGUAAAAUGUUACAGUACAACAUCA